CCUAAAUUCCUGGGAGACAGCAAGCCGCCCAUAGUGGCUGCAGUCCUUCGAGCCAUCCACAGAAAUGAGCAGCCGACGGGAUUACAGCUUGUACUGUACACUGAUACACAACCCACAAGAUCGAGGGUCCAGGUGGUUGUUUCGAGCAUCACAGGAUCAAGUAGAUGGAAACUCUGUGCCGACACCUCAGUAAUAAAUUCCCAUAAAGGAUCGGGUUCUCUUAAAUGGGGUAAAGAUUGCCAGGACUACCAGAUUGCUACUCAGAUUGCAACAGGGCAAUUUGCUGCUUACCCAGCUAUGCGGAUGAAGCUGGAGUGGCCAAAAGUACCUUCAGCAGUCCGAACAACCGCAAGAUGGUUCUACUCAUUUCUUCCAGGAGCUGCAUAUGUGCUUGGGUAUUCCCAAAAGCAAUGGCGUGGUCCCUCGCACCAGGCAACCUUGGUUAUGGCUCUGACAUCUCCAAGAACCUGUGAUGUGAUCCUCAAGCUACCUGAGCUCAUAAUUUACGAGCGAGCCAUCAGGCUUCCCCUGCCAUUCCCUUCAAGUCCAGAUACACCGAUCUCAACACUGCCAUCCCCUGCCCGGAACGACUUUUCCCAAGCAACGCUUUCAAUCAUUGAAAACCUUAAAGCUCAUUGUUCAGUUCUCCAAAAUACAAUCACAACCUUCAAUGGAGUUGAAUUUAACUAUUCAAUGCCUGCAAAUUGCUACCAUGUCUUGGUGCAGGACUGUAGUCCAGAACUGAAAUUCCUGGUGAUGAUAAAGAGACCUGAAGAGUCUGCUGACCUUACAGCAAUAAAUGUCAGACUCGCCAGCCAUGAAGUUGACAUGUAUGUUUCCAAUGGACUCGUCCAGUUGAAGAUUAAUGGUGUUCAAGCCCCAACAGAUGUUCCAUACACAUCUAAUUCUGAUGCAAGCAUGCUGAUCAGCAGCCAAAAGGACGGCUUGUCGCUAAAAGCCCCGGAUUAUGGCAUAGAUAAACUAUAUUAUGAUGGGCAUAGACUUGAGAUUCAGGUUGCUUUCUGGAUGGCUGGAAAAACAUGUGGUAUUUGUGGAAAAUAUGAUGCUGAGAAGGAAAGGGAAUAUCAAAUGCCCAGUGGAUAUUUAGCUAAAGAUGCAGUGAGUUUUGGUCAGUCCUGGAUCAUCUCGGAAGACCCCUGUGCUGGAGCUUGUAAGCUGCAGCGCAAAUUUGUCAAAAUUGAGAAGCCGGUUGCAUUUGAGAAGGCGGCAGCAAAAUGUUUCUCGGUGGAGCCAGUGCUGCGCUGCGCAGAAGGCUGUUCACCAACCGCGGCUGUUCCCAUCUCCGUGGGCUUCCACUGCGUACCAGCUGACUCCGCUCUCGACCUGGAAGGCCAGAUUAGGUUUGACCAGAAAUCGGAGGACGUCGUGAGCACGGUUUCUGCUCACACGGCGUGUUCCUGCCAACAGCA